AUGUCCGAUCGAGCGUCAGAGUCCAACAUUUAUAGUGCAAAUAGAACUGCUAAUAAUAGAAGACCGUAUUUCUGUCAUCAAUGCCAAGUUGACAUUGAGCCUUUAAUGGCUCCCAAUCCAACCUGUCCUCGUUGCAAUGGUGAAUUCGUAGAAGAGAUUGUAGAAAAUAAUGAUCUAAGGGAAUUAAUUGAGCAAGGUGCGGGGCAGGAAACCGAUGAUGAAUACGAUGAUACUCCGUAUCCUUCGGGAAAUCCUCAAAAUGGAAUAAACGAGCUUUUACAAAUCAUUCAGAGUAUGCUCAGACCCAAUGCUCCUGUGCGAGUACAGACAGAAAAUGAAGGUCAGAACACUAGUGAUGACCGUGCAUCUCCACCCUUUGACAUUACACAAUUAGUUAGGAUGUUAGAAAAUUUUGGAGCAAACAACGCAGCAAAUUUCAUGAAUAUAUUUAAUAUCGCAGGUGAUCCAGCAGAUUAUGCAUGGAGUAAUACAGGAUGGGAUAAUAUCAUCUCACAAUUGAUGGAACAACAAGCUGGAAGACAAGCCCCACCACCAGCUACAGAUGAAAUGAUUGAGAAUUUACCAAAGACGAAGAUUUCAAAAAAGCAAAUCGUUGAAGAACAAUUGGGAUGCCCGGUUUGUAAAGAUGAAUUUAAAAUAGACGAAGAAGCGGUAUAUCUGCCUUGCACUCAUGCUUUUCAUUACGAUUGUAUAAAACCAUGGUUAAAAAUGAAUGGAACCUGUCCUGUAUGUCGGUAUUCAUUAGUCAGUCAGGACAAUAAUGAACAAAAUGGUAAUGAUGGUACUGGUUCAUCAGGUAACAGUAACAGUAGAUUCAGGCCACCAGCCUCAACAUAUCGAUUCAGUUCCAAUUCUUCUUUGCCUGGAGCAUAUCCAGAAAACCAGCAGAAUAAUGGGCAGAAUCGUCAAGGUGAUUCGUGUGAUCAUAUGGAUUUGGAUCAAGAACCUGUUGAUUAA